AUGCGCCUCAAAAUGCAACAAGAACCCACCUGGAUGUGGCGCUAUAAGCACCAUAGCGAGGUGCUCGUAAACAUCUGGACAUAUCUUACUCAGAUGUUGACGGAUUCUAUCCCGGACGUUUUCAUCAAGAAGCUCAACGUCAACCUUCAACCUCUCGACUUCUUCUCCGGAAAGACUGUGACAGACCCUGCAGCUUCUUUUGACCCUUUCUUCAUGCCGACGGACAAAAAGGUCUUGCAGAAAAAGAAGAAUAAAUCUAUCGAGCACACGGUCAACUUCCCCCCGCAUCUUGGUAAGCCUCAUAAGGCUACCGCAAAGCCUACCUCUCAAGAUCUAGAUCUUCAGAAGGAUCUUGUGGAGGAGCUUCAGAAAUUUUGUCUUCUGGCCGAGUCAUAUCCUGUAGCAGAGAAAAUGACUCAUUUCGAUCGACCCUCAAAUGCCAACGCGGAAAAUAUCCGGACGUUGGCCGGUUCGGUUCCCUUCCAAAUUCCCUGGGCGAUGGAGUAUAAGCAAGGUGCCCGUGUCAUCACCCUUGCUCCAGAAGCCUACCCCGACCCUGUCCGGCCCUCAGCGACCGAAGUCGAAGUCUUGAUUGCCAUCAUCACACAGGGUCUGCGCCAGCAGAGCGAUGAUCUUGGUCUAUCUAAUUCCAGGAUCAGAAAUAUCCUGCAUUUGGGUUUCGUCAACUUUGUCAUCCCAGCUCUUAUCAUCUCCGUCUACCCUGGUGCCCAAGUCCGGGUUUUGUACGGCUACAUGGUCAACAACCAGCUAUACCUGCACUUCACUAAGCUCCAGCAAUUCACAGAGAACAACUUCCAAAAAAUGCUGGAAGCAACUCUCCUCUGGGCUUUCCCUAUUGCUCGUGGCCAAGCUGCCAAGCUCAUCACCCUUCCUGACAUCAUGGAAGAAGAGCAAGAAGCUGUAGAAGGAGAAGACUGGGAGGACCUGGAGGAUGUAGAGUCUGAAGAAGACGAUGAAGAUUGUACUCUGCACGUAUAUACGAAGGAAGAAGGGGGGGAUGGUCAUGUAAAGGGGACGAGAAAAGAUUGUAUGUUGAAUGUUUCGAACACGUCUACUGUUACUGCUACUUCUUCUGCAACGAGGAAGAGUAGGAGUAAGAAGCCCACGAGGAAGGGGAGGAGACGUGGUCAUUAG